AUGGUUAAGUUUCUCCAACUUAACCUCAACCACUGCAGAGCAGCCCAGGUCCUCCUGUCCCAAACGGCUACGGAGCUGAAAACGGACGUCGCUAUACUAAGCGAACCGUAUAGGGCAAAACCUGACGGUGUGUGGCAGCAGAGCACCGACGGCGGGGCAGCCAUCUGGAGCUGCGGGCAGCCUGCGGGCCAUAUGACGCAGAGAGCGUCGAGACCUGGCUACACCAGGGCCAAGAUCCAUGAGGUGACCGUGUACAGCUGUUACCUUGCUCCGAGCAUGCACAUAGACGCCUUCCGAGAUGUGGUGCAGGAGAUCGCACAGGACGCUCGUGGAAGGUCGUCUGUAUUAAUCGCUGGGGACUUCACCGCUUGGGGGAGCUCGAGGACAACGCAGAGGGGAACCAUCCUCCUGGAUGCCCUGGCCACUUUGAAUGUUUGCCUCCUCAAUGACGGUAACAGGUGCACCUACAGCAAGGCAGGCAGAGAGUCAGUCAUCGACCUGACCUUUGCCAGCCCGGAACUCACCCGGAACAGCCAAUGGGAAGUCACGGACCUGCUAACAUACAGCGACCAUGCCGCGAUAACCUUCAAGACGAUGCACAGCCAGCAGCGACUUCCUGACCGGCAAACUGCGUAUAGGCUGUGCGGAUGGGUUAUCUGCCAGGAUCAAGGCUGCCUGCGAUGCGGCAAUGGAGAGCUCCAACAGGGGAUGUGGCAGGCGACCAGUCCCGUGGUGGAACCAGGAGAUAGCCACAGCCCGAAGCGAGAGAGAAACAGAGGACGCCCCCUGCAAGGGAUGUACGAGUCCAUCUACAGGGAGACGAAGAAAGCCCUCAAAGUGGCCAUCAAGCCGAGCAAAAACAGGUGCUUCCAGGACCUCUGCGACGCGGCAGACCAGGAGCCGUUCGGGUCGGCCUACAAGAUGGUAAUGGGAAAGCUAAUCAGACAGCCGACACCAACCUCCCAUGAGCAAUUGGGAGCAAUAGUUACCACGCUGUUCCCAGCCCAGCCGCCCCUAGUGCUUCCCAACGUGACCGUGGGGGAACCAAUCCCCAUUGAUGAAGAGGAGGUCCUAAGCGCGCUAACCAGCUGCAAAGCCUCCAAGGCCCCUGGACCAGACGGCAUUCCAAACGCGGCCCUGCUUGCGAUAGUGAAGUCCCACCCAAAGUUGUUCGCGGAGGUGUACAACAACUGCAUCGCCGAACGGACUUUUCCUACAGGCUGGAAGCAGCAAAGGCUUGUACUCGUUCCGAAGCCGGGAAAACUGGACGACGAUCCAUCUUCAUACCGGCCCCUCUGCAUGCUGAACUCCCUCGGAAAAAUAUUCGAGCGGAUUAUAUGCAGCAGGCUGGAAGCCGAAAUCGAAGAGCGCGGAGCCCUAUCCAGCCACCAGCACGGGUUUCGUAAGAAACGCAGCACUAUCGAUGCAAUCCGCGAGGUAACGCAGCUGGCAGAAAAUGCGAUUGAAGGCGAAAGAUGGCAAGGAGGCACCAAGAAAUACUGCCUUGUGUGCACCCUGGACGUCAAAAACGCCUUCAAUUCUGCAAACUGGAGCCGAGUCCUCCAAGCACUCCAACGGGGCGGCAUAUCCGGAUAG